AAGCGGACGCCCUUGCACUGUCAUGUGACUUUUGUUUACUUCCGCCUGAAACUCGACUACACGUGUGGGCGCGAGCCAGCGUGAAUUACAAACCAUGGCUGCCUCCGACGCUGUGAAACCCUUCAGCACAGCAGAGACCCAGAGGAUUCUGCAUCGCCUGCAGCAGCCGGCAGUCUUCAUGAACAUGACCUGUGACUGGCCGGCGCUCCAGUGGACGGCAGAGCACCUGUCCGUCUGCCUCAGCGACAAAUUGAUUCGAUUUAGACUCGGGAGAAAAGAGGAGAUCAACAGUAAGAACGGGGUGUUGAUGAAGACAGGGCUGGUAGACGCCCCUCUGUUUGAAACCCAGUGUUCAUAUGUGGAGGCCGAGCUGGAGCACUUUCUCUGUUGGACCCGGGGUCAGUGUGGGACAGAUGUUGGGCCUUUCUCUGAAUUCUCAUACUCAGAGUAUUGGGCUUAUGCUGACUACAAGUACAUCGCCAUGUUGUUUCAAGAUCAGCCUUUCAUGUUUGAGGAUGUAAAGUGGUCCGACUUCGGUUUUGAGGGACGCAAUGGGAGAGAGAGCACCUUGUGGAUUGGCACGGAGGGGGCAAACACACCUUGUCACCUGGACUCUUAUGGCUGUAACCUGGUACUACAGGUGCAAGGACGGAAACGUUGGCACCUCUUUCCUCCAGAGGACUCUUCCAAACUCUACCCAACCAGGAUCCCCUAUGAGGAGUCCAGUGUCUUCAGCCAGGUGGACGUGCUUCAUCCAGACCUGAGGAGGUUCCCCGACUUUCAGAGAGCCAGGGUCCACGUCGUCACUCUGCAGCCAGGACAGGUGCUUUAUGUUCCCAGACACUGGUGGCACUAUGUGGAGUCAGUGGAUCCCGUCACUGUCAGCGUCAACUCCUGGAUUGAGUUGGAAGCAGAUGAUGUGGCCAGAGUCAGUGAAGCGGUGACCAAGGCUGUUGUCUGCGCCAUGAAAAGUGACGACAACCCUGACGACUGGCUCAAUCCAACAGAGGUAACAAAAUAA